AUGAUUUAUGCACCAUUAGAAUACACAUCAAAACGUAAAUUUGCUACAGCUUUAGUCAAUGCAUUUGCAGACAGAUUAACCGUCAAUUUUUACAUAAAUUCUUUGAUAGCUUUGUAUUUCAUGCAAGAAAUGAAGCCGCAAGAGAUCAUGCGCAGUGAUUCAUUACUUACCAACUCAUUAGGAGCUGUCAGAGAGAUUGUUGCUCCACAUUUCUUUGAAAAUUUUUACGAAUAUCUCACAAUUUCUCUAAAAGACGCUCAAACACCGGAAGAAGUCUUGAGGUGUUUCAUAGACCAAGUAAAAACACUAGUUAUACCAGGAACACUUAAAUGGAUAUGUAAAUUAUUAUAUUUAGAAGCAAAAAGAAAAUUCCCAGAGGGAGAUAGUCCCUAUUAUGCUGUAACAGGGUUCUUUUUCCUGCGCUCUCUUGGUCCCUUCUUUACACAAUUCGAGGACAAGAAGAAACUGCAGCCAAUUUUAUCACUUUUUAAUUUAAGUAAGAAAACAGAGAUAGAUCCAUUUAUUGACGAGUUUAAAGAGUUUCUAAACAAUUUGAUCAUUCCUCCUCCGAGUAAAAUCAUGAUCGCGAGACCAAAACCUCAAGAUGUAGUUGAUUCAAUGAAAGAGUUCAUUGAAUUGAUAAAGAAUGAUUACGAGCAGAUCCUUAAGCAUGUAACUAACACAAAGGCACCUGGAACCAAUCCAUGCCUUUGGUUUACGAGGAGGAUUUUCGAUUUAUGUUCCGAACAAUUUGAUAGCGAGGGAUUUGAUGUAAGUACGCUUAAUCAGUAG